AGGUGUGGGGUUAUCGCAUGCAGGCGACUGACUGAGGGUCUCCUGUCUAGACAGGCAGAUGUGAGGGUCGCCUCAGCACCAUGACCCAAGUAUAGGCAUGUGACUGAACCCUCUGCCUGGGCUAGCACAUUGUCACAGUACCCCCCUCCCGAGCAGUGGUACAAUCCUGCUAUCUGUCACCACAGCAGCUCCUGGAUAGUGCUAGAAGCAGAGUGCAGGCAGGCUACCGAGGGUCUCCUUUCUAUGCAGACAGCUGUGAGGGGAGCACAGUCCUCAGCACCAUGACCCAAGGAAAGGUCUCUGUUAGCGGCAAAGGUGCUGAAAAUGAGGGCAGCAAUACAGUAAAACAAAGCAGCAAUAACCUUUCUUCAGUUCCCCCUACUUAUGAAGAGGCUACAGCAGGUGAUGGAAAGAAAGCAGAUUUUCUUCAAGCAACAUCUCCUUCAAUGUCACAUCACUCAUGGCAACAUGGGGAACCAUACAACAGUCCAGAUUGCAGCAGCGGAGUAUAUUCUGGGGACACAGAGAUGUUGACUACACAGAGCUGGGAUGAUGUAACUAUUCGCAGAGGGUUUAUUAGGAAGGUUUACACCAUCCUUACGACCCAGCUGUUAGUUACUGUGGCAGUUGUGGCCCUGUUUACAUUCUGCAACCCUGUGAAGGAAUAUAUUCAGGCCAAUCCAGGAUGGUACUGGGCUUCUUAUGCAGUAUUCUUCUCCACCUACCUAGUUCUGGCCUGCUGCUCUGGACCAAGGAGAAAGUUUCCAUGGAACCUGAUUCUUCUCUGCAUAUUUACGCUUUCCAUAGCUUACAUGACAGGAAUGCUAUCCAGCUAUUACAAUACCAAAUCUGUGAUUUUGUGUCUUGGAAUCACUGCCCUUGUCUGUAUGUCUGUUACACUAUUCAGCUUCCAAAGUAAGAUCGACUUCACUUCAUGCCAAGGGGUUCUGUUUGUGCUAUCGAUGGUCCUUCUUUUCAGUGGAAUCUUCAUUGUUAUCCUUAUACCAUUUCAAUAUAUUCCCUGGGGACAUGCUAUUUAUGGUGUAUUAGGAGCAAUUGUGUUCACUAUGUUUUUGGCGUUUGAUACUCAACUGCUGAUGGGGAGUCGGCGUUACUCUCUCAGCCCUGAAGAGUACAUCUUUGGAGCGCUCAACAUCUACCUGGAUAUAAUCUACAUAUUCUCAUUUUUACUCCAGCUGUUUGGCACUCAUGAAUAACACGCUUUCAUUUGGAUGGUUUCAUUUUGAUGGUAUGAGUGCCGAUAUACGCGCACCUACUUUACCUUGCGAAAAACCAUAACAGCUUUUAAUGGAGAAUUACAAUAAAGUGGAAAUAAAUAUGGAAUCACUGACUGAAUUCCUAGCGGAUAACUAUUUAUGUUCAUACAAUGUUAACCUGUUACUGAUUUUUCAAUUUAAGGGAAUAUUUGCAUUUUAAUUUAUGUAAGGAAUUGGAGCCACUUGUCAUGCAGCUUAAUUGCAUCCACUAAAAGCUAAAGCAAAAUAAGAGAACAGGCAAGGGUUAAUGUGCUAUUGAAGCAAAUAUUAUUUUAGAAGUGCACCUAAAGCUUACUGCUUGUAAAACUUACAACUGUUUAGUUAUGCCUUUCGAUUCUUUGUUUGACUGUUGCAUUUCUUCGGACACAGCUGUACUUUCUGCUAUUAUGCACCGCUUGUCAGUUGCUUGAAUGCUUCUCUACUUCAGACCCAUAUAAGCUGUAGUUGACAUCUCCGAUGUUCAGUUUAGUUUAGAUAGACAGGUUAUUUGCUGCAAACUGAAAUGUUAAUAUAAUAAAGAGUAUUAUUUUCUUGUGAAA